AUGAGGAUCAAGAGUGGAGGACGCCAUCUUCUUUUAUUGUUCAAGAAAGAAGUGUCCUUGUCAUACAACAGGAAAAAAAUGCUCUUUUGGCUGUUAGCUCUUCUGAUCCUUUGUGGUUUUCUGUGGAAUUAUAAAAGACAGCUAAAGAUCGCAAAUAUCACUGAUAAGUACAUUUUCAUCACUGGAUGUGAUACUGGCUUUGGAAACUUGGCAGCCAGAACUUUUGAUAAGAAAGGAUUUCAUGUAAUUGCUGCCUGUCUGACUGAAUCAGGAUCAACAGCUUUAAAGGCAGAAACUUCAGAGAGGCUUCAUACCGUGCUUCUGGAUGUAACUGACCCAGAAAAUGUCAAGAGGGCUGCCCAGUGGGUGAAAAACCAGGUUGGAGAGAAAGGUCUCUGGGGUCUGAUCAACAACGCUGGCAUUCUUGGUGUGCUGGCACCCAACGACUGGCUGACGGUCGAGGACUACAGAGAACCUGUUGAAGUGAACCUGUUUGGACUCAUCAGUGUCACGUUAAACAUGCUUCCCUUGGUCAAAAAGGCUCGAGGGAGAAUUAUCAAUGUCUCCAGCAUUGGGGGUCGGCUUGCAUUUGGUGGAGGGGGCUAUUCUCCAUCUAAAUAUGCAGUAGAAGGCUUCAAUGACAGCUUAAGGAGGGACAUGAAAGCUUUUGGUGUGCAUGUCGCUUGCAUUGAACCAGGAUUGUUCAAAACCAAUUUGUCAGAUCCAGAAAAGGCUGCUGAAAAAAAACUUGCCAUUUGGAAGCAUCUGUCUCCAGACAUCAAACAACAAUAUGGAGAAAGCUACAUCAAGAAAAGCCUAGAACAAUUGAAAGGCACCGCAUCCUUUGUGAACGUGGAUCUGUCCCUGGUGGUGGAGUGCAUGGAUCAUGCUCUCACAAGUCUCUUCCCUAAAACCCGUUAUGCUGCUGGAAAAGAUGCCAAAACUUUCUGGAUCCCUCUGUCUCACAUGCCAGCAGUUUUGCAAGACUUUUUAUUGUUGAAACAGAAAGUAGAGCUGGCUAAUCCCAAGGCAGUAUGACUCAGCUAAUGACAAAUACCUGCCCCAGGCUGUGAAAUUGGCUGAUUUCUAGGACACAUCUCAAUCUCAUUCUUUACCUAAUCCAAACUGGACUCAUUUAGAUCAAACUCCUUUUGGU